AUGGUCGCCAAAAACACGGCAUUUGAUCUGCAGAAAUGCGCGCGAUCUAACAUCCUCGCAUUGGAGCCCUACCGAUGCGCGCGCGACGACUACAAAGAUGACGGCACCAACAUCCUCCUCGACGCGAAUGAGAACGCAUACGGACCGGGACUGGCGUUAAAUGGCGAUGGCAAGCUGCCUGGCGCGAACGUCAAUGGCACCUCAGACUCAUCUUCAGCAAUUGACGUCGAUUUGCUUGGCCUGAACCGAUACCCAGAUCCCCAUCAAGAAGAACUCAAGCAACUGCUCUGCAACCUCCGAAAUACCCACACCCAUACCUCAAAGGACAUUACACCUGCCAACCUCUUCGUUGGUGUAGGCUCCGACGAAGCAAUCGAUGCCCUUAUUCGCGCCUUCUGCGUCCCCGGCAAGGAGAAGAUUCUGACAUGUCCGCCCACAUACGGCAUGUAUAGCGUAUCUGCGCAAGUCAACGACGUGUCGCUGGCCAAGAUUCCCCUACAAACACCAAGCUUCGAUCUUGAUGUACCCGCAAUAUUAAAGGCCAUGGAUGAGGACAAGAGCAUCAAGUUGGCAUAUCUGUGUUCACCAGGUAAUCCGACCGGAAAGCUACUAAAGAAAGAGGAUGUACAAAAGAUAUUAGAACACCAGUGGAAUGGUGUCGUAGUGGUGGACGAAGCUUACAUUGACUUUUCGCCCGAUGGAACAAGUCUGGCAGAGUGGGUCGCCGAGUGGCCCAACCUGGUAGUCAUGCAGACACUGUCGAAAGCCUUCGGCCUUGCAGGCAUCCGGUUAGGUGCUGCGUUCGCAGACCCGGCGAUCGCACAGAUCCUCAACAACAUGAAGGCACCGUACAAUAUCCCCAACCCGACGAGUCAGCUCGCACGCGCAGCUCUGAGCCCGAAGCACUUGCAAGUCAUGCAAAGCAACAAGGAUCUCAUCGUCAAGCAGCGAAAUAGGCUGAUAGAGGAACUACCCAAGAUCCCUGGCAUCGGCAACCUCCACGGCGGUGUCGAGUCAAACUUUUUACUCUACCAGAUCCUCGAUGCGCCGGCGGACCAAGGUGGUAAGCCAUCAAAUGAGACGGCUUUGGCGGUGUACGAGGGUCUGGCGGAAGAGAAGGGCGUCGUAGUAAGGUUCAGAGGAAAGGAGCAUGGAUGUCUGGGCUGCUUGAGAAUAACGGUGGGUACGGAGAAGGAGGUGGAUCGAUUCCUACAGGAGAUUAAGCAAGUACUCGAGAGUAUCCAUCAGAGUUCGGGCAAGCUAGGGAAGAAAGAGGAGCAGCGGAGAGAAAAGGAGGCCAAUGAUGUGGUUGCAUAA